GAACCAAAAGAUGGGAUACCAGUUGGCAUAUACUUGUUUACUGAAGAAAAUUGUGCUUGCCCUCCAAGCAUUACAUAGAUUAAGAAAGGCGUUUCCUCAACACUCUCCAAACAGUUGGCUUUGGAAUUCCCAGGUCAUGACUGGCACAAGACAUUUACUUUUGUGGACUUCUGAGGAAUGUUUCCAUGAGCUGUUCAAACAGUUCCUGAGACGUCAAUCUGAUUUUGUUUUAAAAAAGACUUCCUGUUUCCUUAAAGUUAUAUUCUCGCUCAUAAAUGGAUUGUCUGAUGUCAAGCACCAGCAGAUGUCUACAGUGUUGGCCAUCAUUGCACAACUGGCACGUAGAUGUAACAGUUACUCUGUGUCCACUAUUGUGAAGUGUGGCCUCCAGGGGGAGACACCACGGGCAAGUGGUCACACACGGUAGCUGUGCAGACACCUUC